AUGAGCUCUUAAUCAUCAUGAGAUAUUGUUCUUCUUUGUUUUUUCUCCUCCUCUUAUUCUUCUGUCAUUUCUAGUGUUCUUUUAAGAACAACAAACUUUGUUGAAGAUUGUGAUUGUGUCCAUUUGGGUUGUUUCUUUUUUUUUUUUUCAUUCUUGGUUAAUAAUGUACGGUAUAUAUAGGAAGCUUUAGCUUCUUGGAGAUUGUUCUUGGGCUUUACAAUUCUUUCUCUUCUUUAUAUUGAUCCACUUGGGGGUGUCAGUAGAUAUAUAGAAUCUUAAUUUAUUGAAGAUUGGUGUUUGGGCUCUUGAUUUCUUGUUCUUGUGUCAUUUAGAGGGUAUUUGUGCAUUAUAUACGCUACUCAAUGGCACAAUUACCUCCCAAAAUCCCAAACAUGCAACCAAGUUGGCCUGACUUCUCCCAACAAAAUUUCACGCCACCGUCUCUUAAUGCCGCCGCCGCCGCCGCCGCCACCAUCACCACCACAGCCGCCCAAAACCCAUCGUGGGUAGACGAAUUCCUCGACUUCACGUCGGCGAGACGUGGGACCCACAGGCGAUCAGUGAGUGACUCCAUUGCCUUCUUAGAGGCACCAUUGCUAGAAGAAUGUCGUGGCACAGGCGCAGUAGUAGCUCAUCAUGGUUCUGGACAUAACAGCAGCAGCGACUUUGAUAAAUUUGACGAUGAACAGUUUAUGUCUAUGUUCAACGAUGAUAUCUCCAAUGCGAUGACUCGGUCUUGCUCGAACCCAUCAACGCCGUCGGAUCAUAACAGCAUUAAUGAUGAGAAAGAUACAACGUUGUCCGAUCAGAAGCAGCAGAAGAUAAGGAAUGAAUCCGAUGAGGUGCAAAGCCAAUGCCAACAAGAGACUCAAAUUCCACCAAGCACAACCAAUACCACUUCUUCUGAUAGGAUAAUUGAUCCCAAGAGAGUCAAAAGAAUCUUGGCAAACAGGCAAUCUGCACAGAGGUCACGGGUAAGGAAGCUGCAAUACAUAUCUGAGCUUGAACGAAAUGUGACCUCAUUGCAAGCUGAGGUUUCAGUGCUCUCACCAAGAGUUGCAUUUCUAGACCACCAACGCUUGCUUUUAAACGUUGAUAACAGUGCUCUUAAGCAAAGAAUUGCUGCUCUAGCCCAAGACAAGAUUUUCAAAGAUGCUCAUCAAGAAGCACUGAAGAGAGAAAUAGAGAGACUGAGGCAAGUGUAUCACCAACAAAACCUCAAGAAGAUGGAAAAUGCAACACCAUCACCUUCCCCAGCAACAGACCCCACUGCUCCUACUGAGAAAGAACAACUUCUCCAAGUUUAAUUCUUUUUUCCCAGUGAGUUUUUUCAGGCAUGGUAAAUUGACUGAUAAAAUCUCUUUAUCAAGAAAAUAAGGAAAUUAAUAAUUCUUGGAGAAAAUUUUGAACAUCAAAUAUUUUUCAUGGAAUAAUUAUUGCCAAGAUAUAAAUUUCAAUGGUCCCUUAACCAUGCUUGAAAAAAAAAAACUGGAAAGGAGUCACAUUCAUGCAGAAGAGGGGCUGGGGGGAUGCUAUUGGUGCUCUCUGCUAUUAUCCUGUGCAUUCACAUGAUGUGUUCACAUCUGACUGGGGACCACUCAACCUUACGUGAUUGAUUGCUGGGAAAAUCAUGUGCAGCUGUGAUUAAAAAUUAAAGGGAAAAAAGAAAAAAGAAAGAAAAUUGUCUACUUUGACUGAUUAGCUAGGAGAAGUUGUGGUUGCUAAUUCUUAAUUUUAAUUUUUAGUCUGAUUUAUUCUUUUUAUAAGUGAAGUUGGAAGCAAAAGGAUAGUGGUUUUAUGUUGGGAUGUAUGAAAGGAUGUGGCUGUCAGUCAGCUGGGAAGUGUUUGAUACUUUAAUGUCAGAUUGAUUUGUGCUUUUUCAGUGCUUGAUAUCUGUUUGUUGUAAUAAUUUUUUUUUUAUCAAUUUAUUUCCCAAAAGAAAAAAAAGACAAAAAGAAAAGUGUAAAUAUCCAUUUCCAAUUGUAUAUAGUGAAAAUUUGGGUUA